CCCAUACCGUUAUGAAAAGGAAAUGAUGUAAGCCGGUGGUGGCAAAGCUGCAUAACGCGACGAAGACACGGUCUUCUUUGCCUAUCUAGAGCUUGAAGAAAUUGUUGCAGUCUCCUUGGUGGAAUUAGGCCGAUAAAGUGGAUGAAUUGGGCGAAAUUGGGGGAAAAUAAUAGGGAUGUAUUUGAAGAAGCCGUUGUGGAGUGAAAAAUUUCAAGAAGGGAAAGGAGAAUCAACGGAGUCAGAUGGAGAUUCACUGGCCUCUACGGCAGUGGGGGAGCUGGUGAACUCUCUUAACCAACAGAGAGUAUACAGGGAAGUAACUCUUGUUCUUAGAACAGGUCUCAGAGAUGCUUGUGCUGAGUUCUCAUUUCUUCGGGUCCGUGGACUCCGUUCUAUUCUCAAGUUCCUCCGUAAUGUGGCUGAAUCUGAUGCAACUAUUGACCUCUUUAAUCAAACCCAAUCUAUUCCCGAACUUCAAGUUGUUCCAGUGCUCUUUCAACAUUCUCUAAAAGAGACAGGAGAUGACUACAAUGAUGAUAGGGUGGCAAAUUUGAAUCAUAUAUUUGGUGUGGAACCAAUGAAGAUAACAAGUCCAUCAACUGAUGCAGAAGUUGCAUUGGCACUUCGAGUAUUAGAAGGUUGUUGUUUGCUUCACCCCCAGAGCACCGCCCUUGCCCAUCAACACAACGCAAUUCAGGUUUUGAUGAAUAUAUUAUCGACUCGGGGGGUACUUGAGCAAGGAGCAUGUUUGGACGCUCUAAUCUCUAUAAUGGUGGAUUCACCACCCAAUCAAAUGGAUUUUGAGAAAUGUAAUGGUAUUAUGGAAGUUGCAGACCUCAUACGAGACAAACAAGCGGAUGAAAAUCUCAGGUUGAGAUGUGGGGAGUUUUUGUUGCUUCUCAUUGGACAUGUCAAUGGAAGGGACAGGGCUCCUUUGGCAUCAGUACAUGAAGAUAUAAGGCACCUGCUUGGGGAGAAAUCAGCUUCCUUGAUUUGGGCAGCAAGUCAGUUUGGGUCAACGCUGGAUCCGGAACAGAGACUUACAGCUCUACAGAUCCAAGCUCGCAGGGUGCUUGAGUCAUUGAACUUGUACUGAAUUUCUUGGUCACAUGAAGGAGCAAAGUUUUGAACUUGCUACUUUUCUCACCCCUCGCCACUAAACUAAACCCUAGUGGCUUGUUUGUCUACUGAAUUUGAUUAUAGGAAUACUGUCAAUGAAAACGGCAGCAAUUCUAGUAUAAUCUUUAAUGGAAAAUUCAAUGAGAAUGUGGUCUAUGAUUGCUAUUCGCA